GCGCGGACGACGAUGGCCGAGACGACCGAGGUAGACUUGCUCGCCGACUGGCAUGGCGCCGAGUCGCCGGCUGCCCGCCGCCAUGCGCACAGCAAGGAAGCGACGACGCCCGCCGGCUACUCGCCAUCAAGCUUCUUCCGGUCACCGUACAGCUGCAAGAAGAAGGAGGCCGAGAAGAGCCAUACGACGCCGGUCCGGACGCGGAAGCGCAGCUGGAUGGACGACAAGCACCAGCAGCCGCACGAUGGCCGAGCCUCGGCGUACAUGCUGAGUCCGUUCUCGGACUGGAAGAUCGACGACCACGAGAAGGGCCAAUUCCGCUUCCUCAUGUCGCCCAUCAAGACCACCGCCGAGCAGGACCACCAGAGCUUCUUCUCGUUUGCACACUCACUGCCGCCGAUUGUCGACGUUAGCACGCUCGACGAGGCCGCGUCGCCAGCGCUGUCAACGCGCCUCGCGCCGCUCACACCCGUCCUCCUGGGGUCGCUCACAAAGAUCAUGCCACCGUUCCGGCAGGACAUGACACCCGACACCGACACCGAGUGUCCCCGCAUCGUCGCGCAGCGUCUCGACUUUGACUGCUCGCCAUCCUCGGCGUUUGCAACGUCGUUUCCCAACUUCCAAGCAUCCACAAGCGCGACGCCAGGUCGUCUCCACCGCGCCGAGAGCGCGCCCGGGUCCGCGACCGUCAUCCAGCUCUCGAGCACGCUGAGCACACAACAGAGUCUCAAGUCCAUCAACGAUUCCUUGCGCAAGACGACCAAGAACGCCAAGGCCGUGCGUGCGCUGAGCGAAAACAACUUGAGCCACAACAUGCGGCUUGCGCUUCCCACGCCGCCCACGACCGCGCCCCGCAAGCCCAAGGUCCUUCUGCGCGACAUCGACUCGGUCACCAAACGCCUCGACAUGAACGACGUCGACGACGUCAAGGUCGAGGAGCCCGUCGUUGCCACCGUCGCAAAGAAGCUGCGGCUCUCGGCGCCCACCGUCCGCAUCAAGCACGAAGUUCCGGCGCCGCCGCCGCCGCCAAAGAAGCGCAAUCCGUGCAAUUGCAAGAAAUCCAAGUGCCUCAAGCUCUACUGCGAGUGCUUUGCGUCCGGCGGCUUUUGCGACGAGAGCUGCAAGUGCGUCGGGUGCGCCAACACGCCGUCGUCCGAGCCGCUGCGCACCGACGCCAUCAACGCGACGCUCGAGCGCAACCCGAACGCGUUCCAGCCAAAAAUCAAAAAGGAAGUGGCCGCGACGCCGACGCACCACAACGGGUGCCACUGUAAAAAGUCCUUUUGCCAGAAAAAGUACUGCGAGUGCUUCCAGGCGGGCGUUCCGUGCGGCGACAACUGCAAGUGCAUCGACUGCAAGAACCAGCCAGGCGGCUGCGCACAGCAGCUGCUCGAUCGACGACGACGACCAAGCACAAGGCACCGACGUCGCUGGUGCGUCACGUGACGGCGCCGAAACCCGUGACUAGAAUGGUCCGAACGACGUCGGCGGUCACGCCCGUCAAGACACGGACGCCACUCGUCGCCAAGCGCGCCACGAGUCUCGAUCUCAAGACGACCAAAGACCUCACGUUCAGCGCCAGCAUCCUUCGGGAAAAGUCGGUGACACCGCUCAAGGCACGGCGCGAGUCCAAGCUCGUUGUGUAUCCGCUCUUUGGCGAAGACAAGCCGCCCGUGCGGAGAGACGUGGCGCUUCGGAUCCUCGACUGCCUCACGCCGGCCGACCUUUACAACGCCAGUAUUGUCAACCGGCUAUGGAACGGCAUGGCCAUGAGCCAAGACGUUUGGGACUACACGCAGCUCGAGCCCGACCCGUCGCGAUAAGUAAUGCCAAUAGAUAAGA